CUAUGGCUCUGCCCUUUAAUCCUGCUUGUUUCUUCUUCUUUCUCAUUCCCAUAUUGGCCGCAUUUCACUUUGUUCAUGGAGAGGCUGAGUUCCUAUCUAAUUCAACCAAAGAAUUCUCCUGUGGAGCUCUCGGUUUUGUGGACUUCCCUUUUGCUAAACACACAGAGCCUCAUUGUGGUUUAGUGGCAGUUAAUUGUGAUAAAACACCCCCAACGAUCCAGUUGGAAACGGGAGGAGAUUGGUAUCCGCUUCAGGUUGUACUGAAGCAUUCCUGGGGUGCCUAUACAAUCUACCUUAGAGACUCGAAGCUUCAGAGACACUUUGUCAGCCAUAAUUACUCAAAUUUAAACUACACCCUCCACUUUCAGAACUCUCCUUCUGUCAUAUUCCUCAAUUUGGAUACAAGCAUAUUGAACAACUAUUUUAAAUGCAAUGACAGUGAAGCUGAUGAUAUAGGCAAUUAUGAAAGGUAUAACUGUAGUGAUGGAGUUAGUUUGUACUAUAAACGCCACUUGCCAGAGAAUCCCAAAUGUGAUGCUGUUAACUGUACCCUGUAUCCAUCUCCAUUUGUUAUUCAACAAACAAAUGAUGGCUUAAAUGCUCAUCUUGUAUUGCACUUGGAAGUCUCAAAAUCCUGUUAUGAGUGUUACCAAGGAGGAGGGCAAUGCUCAGAGGACAGCAAGAAUGAAUUUCAGUGUGCACAAGGGAACAACACCACAGGAAAUAAGAGCAAGCGCAAGCCAAUUCUAAUCAUAGCUUCAGUUUCAGGGGCUUUAGCACUGAUCCUUUUAAGUGUGGCUAUCUCUGUUGUUUGGAGAUGCAAGAAAGGAAGCAAAGGCUAUUCAAGAAAUACAUCUUCAGAUCCCACCUCAGACUUUGAGACAAUCUGCAGUUGGCUCUUAGGAAUUCUAGUCUUCUCCUACUCUGAACUUGAAGAAGCCACAAGCAAUUUUCAUCCUUCUAAACAACUUGGAGACGGAGCUUUUGGCACUGUUUACUAUGGGAUACUUGGGGAUGGAAGAGAAGUUGCUGUGAAGCGCCUUCAUGAGCGCAGCUGCAAGAGAAUGGAGCAGUUUGCAAAUGAAAUCUCAAUUCUCACCCGGUUAAAGCACCAAAAUCUGGUUACACUAUAUGGAUGCUCAUCAAGGCAUAACCGUGAAUUCCUCCUUGUAUAUGAAUAUAUCCUGAAUGGAACACUUGAAGAUCACCUGCACGGCAAAAGAGCAGCAGAUCGACUGCUCACAUGGCCAAUCCGCAUGAAGAUUGCAGUGGAAACUGCUGCAGCAUUGGUUUAUCUCCAUGCUUCAGACAUAAUACACCGCGAUGUGAAGACUAGUAACAUACUUCUCGACAACAAUUUCUGCGUUAAAGUUGCAGAUUUUGGGCUCUCGAGACUCUUCCCAGCUAAUGUCACUCAUGCCAGCACUACACCUCAAGGAACACCUGGAUACGUUGAUCCAGAUUAUAAGGAGUGUUAUCAGCUCACUUAUAAGAGUGAUGUUUAUAGCUUUGGGGUUGUUCUUAUUGAACUCUUAUCAUCAAUGCCUGCUCUGGACAUGCGUAGGCAUACAGACGAGAUCCAUUUGGCAAAGCUAGCAAUGAGCAAGAUUCUUACAGGAGCAUUUGAUGAACUCAUUGAUUCCUCUCUGGGAUAUGAGAAUGAUACUGAAAUCAAUAGAAUGGCCACUUCAGUGGCAGCGCUAGCUUUUCAAUGCUUGCAACCUGACAAGGAUAUGAGGCCUACAAUGGAACAUGUUUUGGAGUCACUAAAGGAGAUUCAAGGCAAUGAGUUGAGCAACGAUGACGAAAAUGUGAAUUGUGAGGAAACUAAUGUGUCUAAAGAAGAGGAGGUGCGAGGAAAAGCAAUGUGCCGGACAUGGGGUGGUCCUUCACUCGCAGAUGGUGUGAUUUUGAAGCAUGUUGCAGCUACCAAGAGCAGUUCUUGUAGUGACUGGAAUUAGCAAUUGUCUUCUUACUAUAUGGGAUUUGUAACAGGGUAUUUUAUUUCAUUUACUUAUCAAACUUGUGAUUAUUGUGCAUAAUGUUUCCUAACCUAUAAUGAAGCUUGCUGUUCUCUGA